AUGGUGAAGUUUGAUCUGCCGCUCUCCAGUCCAGCCUCGCCAGCAGCUGAACGGCAGCGCCGCAAAGAGUGGUUGAUUAUUGAGUUCCUGAACAGCUGCAUGUCUCAGAUGCAGAGUCUAGUUCAGCAGCGGUUGCCGGGGGAGACACGCUCCACCCCCUCUUCCUCUAAGAUGCUGCUGAGGCCCCCCUCUCUGAAGGACCUCCUGAAACCAGGGGGUUCUGAUCUGUGUCUCAGUAAGAAGAGCAGCAGCAGGAGUGGCCCUUGGGGUUCAGUGCAGUGCUUUGGCUUUGGGAAGCUGUGUGUGGAGCGGCGGGGGCAGCUUGUGGGGCUGCAGGCGUGUAUUCCGCUGGUGUCUGACGUGGAGCUCACGCUACAGGAGGAUGAACCGCCCACCGACUUCACGCUAGGAGACCACACACACAUGAGCAAUUCCAGCUGGAGGGGUUGCCGUGUGACGGUGAAGGACCUGCUCCCCCAGAGUGGCAGUGAGGUGGGGAGGCUGCACAGCUACAGGGACGUGCUGCAGAGAGAGCAGGACUACUGCAGUCGUCUGCUCCAUCCGCACCUGCUGCAGCUGUUGGCCGUGGCUCUGGGGUCAGACCUACACACUCGUCUGGUGUUCGAGAGGGUGCACAUCGGACCGCUGCACGACAUUAUACACCAUUACAGCAUUACCAAUAAUACUGGCGCUAACACCAUCAAUAAUAACCGGGAGGCGUUGCCGGUGCUGCCUGUGGAGGGUAUGUUAGGUGUCCUGCUGCAGGUGUGUGAGGCGCUGCUGUACCUGCACACAUGCAAGCUGGUGCUGCGCUCACUCUCCUCACACUCCGUCCUGAUGGUGCGGCCCACCCUCGCCAAACUCACCAGCCUGGGCUUCAUUACGUCUGUGUAA